AUGGAUAUACCGAAAGUCUGUUCGGCCCCGCUGGAUCCGACAGCGCCUUCGCUCCUGACAUUGCCAGCGGACAUUCGCAACAGCAUCAACGAGUACAUUUUCAUUCGACCUGAACCAAUUCUGAUACACGAUACCGACUUCUAUUACAACCGAGGGCGGUAUGGGUGCGACAAUGAUGGCCAUCUUUUAUUUCCCGAGCAGGCAUUCGACAGCGACGAGGAAGAGCAAAUGCACCAGUCUAAGAAGAAGCCCUGUAGCAAAAGCUUGAAGGGUUGGGAGACAAGAUCAGAUGCCGAAAAGGAGGAUAUACUUCUCUUUCAACAUGAGGCAUCGCUUGGGAUUGGCCUAUUGAAAUCAUGUCGCCAGAUGUACCACGAGACGUCUAGUGUCUUCUACUCUAAGAAUACAUUCAUCGUCUCACGGGUGCGCGAUCGUGCCCCCGGGGGGGGAAGGAAGACGUGUGAAAGCGGAAAUCGUCGCGACUACCACCAAUUAUCUUACACUCCAAAAUGGCUUGCGUCACUUGGCUCCCAAGUCAGGCGAUUGAAGAAGGUAGUCAUAGACAUGUCAGAAUACCCGUAUGCUGACUCGGAAGCAAUGCCAGAUUGGUUACCGCUACUAAGAGUUAUCUGGGACGUGCUUCCGAUGCGAUGCGUCAUCAGUUUCGCUCACACUGGUAGGAGAACGGAAUUCGAUCCAGUACGCGAUUCUCAUGGUCUCACGAAAUACAUAACCCGGUUGAACAGAGCACUUGAAGCUCUGCUCCAGGACAACACAUUGCAUCUUCGAUGUUAUCCAAUCUCAAGGUCAAUCAUAUCAUCCCUUACGAUAUCUCAAGGCGGCAAUUCUGGCUGCGUAUGGUUUUACACAGGAUCGCGGACCAUAUCACGCGGCUUCUGGAUCGACGAAGCAUCCGGAAAUAUAGUCUGGAAUACCCUCGAGACGACCAAGUCGUUCAUGGAACUUCCGAUACGAGCGAAGGAGAUUAUUUGUCGCUAUGUGUUCGCGAAUGAACCAAGGCUUCGAAUUGUCAUGAAUAGCUUGAAUCCUCUAGGUCGUCACCGAGCCGUUUUCAAUGUUUCCAACAGAUUUCGGAAGGAUUUUGUGAAAGCAGUUGCCGCAUGCAUACCAGUCACUGUUGAGUUUGAGGCAGCAUCGGCAGAUAUGGACUACAACGAUCCAGAUCCUUUCAGGAGAUUUUCACUCAUUGCAAGAGGUCCAUUGACACGGGAUCUGUAUCAUAAAAGAGUGACACACCUACCAGAUCUUUUACGCCCUCAGGAAUGCCUCAUCAGCCAAAUUAUUCACCAAUGCGUCAGCGACCGCUAUUGCAAAGAGCAGAACAAUGGCAGGACUUCACUCCUAAUUCGUGUCCCACUCGUCCGCCCUACCAAACCAACAGACAUCUGUAUCAAUAUAAGUGUUCUGCUCAGUUGGCUCGAGGGGGUUGGACACAAGAACUGCAGAGAUGAGGUUCCCCUCGUGAUUCAGCUCGAAUACACCAACGGACGGGAGCUGUCCUAUGAGACUAAUAGCACUACGAUUGGGCAAUUGAAGAUGCAAAUAUUUCUGUCUUUCACGGGCAUGCUCAAUCGUCAUUCACGAGGGGAAGAAAGUGGCCCAGAACUACCAGAAGUGUGGAUUGACGGUCAUGCAAACCUUGUGGAUCUGGCCUCACCAUCGAUGGAAUUUCGGUCCAGACAGGCAUAUUCCACGGAGCCCGAAGUUAGCAAAAGGCAUUUCAAGAGUGUUUUGGACGACAUUGAAGCUCGUCAUAGCUUGAAGGACCAGUUGGACUGCGUCAUGCAUGGUUCAUAUCCGUGCAUGUGCCGCGCAUGGAGAUCGUUGCGGCCAUGGGCAGAGUCUGUUUGGAGAAAAGAGCAGUUGUAG